UUAUUCUCGGAUGUUCCACACAUCAAAUUGUAACAUUAUGAAUAAUAUAUUUUAUUCAGAAUAGAUUAAUUAAACAUUAAAUAGUUUUAUAAAUUUAUUAUUUGAUCACUAUCAGAGCAUCAGUCGAAAGGGAAAAAUGUCGCAAAAACGAACUUUAAUGAAUCGAGGAUAUUUUCUUAAAAAACCGCAUGCCGACGUUAUAAUUAAUUUAGUUAAUUAUUUGAAUACCAAAGAAAUCGAAGAAGAACAUUUAGAGAAUGAUAAGACUUUGAAGACUAUACUACGUGAGGGCACGAAAAGAUUCGUAAAGAGUCAACCCCACACAUUGCAAUCCGACACGUUUAAAAGUACGAUUCUUACUUUUAAAAUUGACUUUCUGAAAACAGUUAAUCUGUAUCGAAUCAAUCGCGGCAUUUUGGUUGUCGCUUGCGUUGAACAUCUACUGUACCCCGAAGAUGAAGAUGAAGAAUAUACAAGGAUAUAUCGUUGCGGCCCGGCAAAGGCGACCAAGCUGUAUAACAAACUGUGUGGUUUUCCAGAAGAUACGCUACAAGACAUUGACAUAGUUAACUCGGCCAGAUCUUUUUUCGACUGCGCUAAGUUCGUAGCGAAACCCGAAUGCUUGGAAAAAAUAAGAUCGUAUUUGAAAGAGAUUGAAAUCGAUAGUGACGAGAUGCUGUACAUACAGAAAGCGUCGAUUCAAUUAAUUACUGGUAUCGAAGAUAUCGAGAUCGUCAAAGUUCCAGAACCCAAGAACGACAAUCGGCCUAGGCGAAUAAUACCAAGAAAGAAGUCGGUAAAUCCUGCUUGUUUAUCGGUCGUAUCGAAACCAGCAAAAGAUACGCCAAAAAAGGGUAUACCUCCAAUGAACAAAGAGUAUUUUCGUAACAAGAUAUAUGCAGAUUCUAUUAUUAAUUUAAAAGAUUAUUUGAUAAACAACGACAUCGAAGAAGAAGAUUUAGAUGAUACAAUGGUUUUAAAGGAUAUGAUAGCUAAAGCGAUGAAAAGAUUUGCGAGUUCUCUAUAUACGCCAUCGUAUUUAGACACGUUUAAACGCACCAUUGUUAUCUUUACGAUUGACUUUUUGAAGGCAGUAAAUCUGUAUCGGGUGAAUCGUGGAAUAUUGGCCGUCGCUUGUGUCGAAUAUCUCCUGUACCCCAAGAAACACGUCAAAGAAUACAUAAAGGUAUAUCGUUGCAAUGACACGAAGGCGAAGAAGGUGUAUAAAGAAUUGUGCGGUCUUCCGGACAAAGCUCAGCUCGACGAUGCCAUAAUCAAAUCGGCCAGAUCUUUCUUCAAAUGUCCCACGUUUUUGAAGAAAACCAGCUGCUUGGACAAAAUUAGAUCGUACCUGCGCAGCAUUGUAAUCGACGACGAAGAGCUGCAGUUCAUAAGGAAAGCAUCGAUUCAAGCGAUUACUGGAAAUGAACAUAUUGACGUUGACGAGCUGUCGGGAAACGUUGCCGAUCCCAUCGAAGUUCAGCCGCCGACUUCGCCGAUUCCACUCGACCCUGUGUACGAAUCCGAAAGGGAGCCACUUUACGUGGAUCGAGAAUACUUUCUGGAGAAAUCUCACGCAAAUAAAAUUAUUCUCUUUAGACGAUAUUUGAUUAGUGAAAAAAUCCAAAACGAAAUGUUGGAGGAUAACCAAAUUUUAAUCGAUAUGCUGCGCGAGGCGAUGAAAAUAUUUACGAACUGUACACCUACGUUUUCGGAAUUGGACACGUUCAAACGUACGAUUCUUGAUUUUACAAUUAAUCAUCUGAAGAAAGUCAAACUGUAUCGAAUAAAUCGUGGCAUAUUGACAGUCGCUUGCGUCGAAUAUCUAUUGUAUCCAGACGGAUACGAUGAUGAAUAUAGAGAUAUAUAUCGUUGCGGGCUGGAAAAGGCGACCGUAUUGUAUAAUAAACUGUGUGGGUAUCCAGAAGACACGCUGCAAGACAGUCACACGGUUGAAUCGGCUCGAUCUUUUUUCGAGUGCGAAAAGUUUUUACAAGAUAAAGAUUGCUUAUCAACAGUAAAAUUAUACUUGACGCUCAUUACUAUCGAUUCGGACGAGAUGGAAUUUAUAAAAGAAACAUCAAUUCAAUUGAUUGACGGUAAAGCAGCCAUCGACAUUGCUAAACCCCAAAUAAAUAUAAUGGAUCUCAUCGAAGAUAAUCUACCAAUUUUGAUGGCAAGCAACCAGCCUCGUCUAUCUAUAUCAGACGCGGUGCCCGUAAAUUUCGAUCUCGAGCCAGUCGUGUCCAUGCAACGAAUAAGCCACGGAUUUCCUCUGCGCUAUCAUGUCGGCCAGAUCGUGCUAGCAAGAAAGUACAAGUCAAAUUUUUGGCCAGCGAAAAUCGUGGAGGUUCGCGAUCAUUUGAUGUACGUGAAAUUUUUUCCAUUGGCAGGAAAAAAGAGCGUGGUGGCGUUUGAAGAAGACGUGAAAAAAAUUAGCGCAGAAGAAAUCAAUAAUAAUACAGCCGCUCGAAGUCCCGAUUUGACACGAGAAUGCUUCGCCAUUUCGGUGGCAUUGGCUGUUACAGAACUUAACAAAGAAAUUUUUUGUUAAUUUAACGCAAUGAAUCUUUUGAUCUCAAUUAUAAAAAAUUGUACUUUUAAAAUGAAUAUAGUAACUGUAAACACAUCGGCAAUAAAUAUUAUAGACAAAUGAUAUCAACAUA